AUGCGUGAAAUUGUUCACAUUCAAGCCGGUCAAUGCGGCAAUCAAAUUGGCGCCAAGUUUUGGGAGGUGAUUUCUGAUGAGCAUGGCAUCGAUCCUACGGGUACCUAUCACGGAGACUCGGAUCUUCAGUUGGAACGGAUCAACGUUUAUUACAACGAAGCUUCCGGUCCGAAAUAUGUACCGCGUGCGAUUUUAGUAGAUCUCGAACCCGGCACGAUGGACUCUGUGCGUUCAGGGUCCUUUGGACAGAUAUUUCGACCAGACAACUUUGUGUUUGGCCAGUCGGGGGCCGGCAACAACUGGGCCAAGGGUCAUUACACCGAGGGUGCUGAACUGGUGGACUCAGUGCUUGAUGUAGUGAGGAAGGAAGCCGAAAACUGUGACUGCUUGCAGGGAUUUCAGCUCACGCACUCCUUGGGCGGUGGUACCGGAUCUGGAAUGGGUACCCUGCUCAUCUCGAAAAUACGAGAAGAGUAUCCGGAUAGAAUUAUGAGCACCUUUUCCGUGGUACCAUCUCCUAAAGUUUCCGAUACUGUAGUGGAACCUUAUAAUGCUACCCUGUCGGUUCAUCAACUGGUAGAGAACUGUGAUCAAGCUUAUUGCAUCGACAAUGAAGCACUCUACGAUAUCUGUUUCCGUACUUUGAAGUUGACUACUCCGACAUAUGGUGAUUUAAAUCAUCUCGUAUCGGCUACCAUGUCCGGAGUGACAACCUGUCUAAGAUUUCCAGGUCAAUUAAACGCCGAUUUGAGAAAACUCGCGGUGAACAUGGUGCCGUUUCCCCGUCUUCACUUCUUCAUGCCAGGUUUCGCGCCCCUCACAUCCCGAGGAAGCCAACAGUAUCGAGCUCUCACGGUGCCAGAGCUUACGCAACAAAUGUUCGACGCAAAGAACAUGAUGGCGGCUUGUGACCCACGCCACGGUCGUUAUCUCACCGUGGCGGCCAUUUUCCGCGGCAGGAUGUCGAUGAAGGAGGUAGACGAACAGAUGCUUAACAUCCAGAAUAAGAAUAGCUUGUACUUCGUCGAGUGGAUACCGAACAACGUGAAAACGGCGGUGUGCGAUAUUCCGCCACGCGGCCUCAAGAUGUCCGCAACUUUCAUCGGCAAUUCCACGGCUAUUCAAGAACUGUUCAAGAGGAUCUCCGAGCAGUUCACGGCGAUGUUCAGGAGGAAGGCUUUCCUCCAUUGGUACACUGGCGAAGGCAUGGACGAAUUGGAGUUUAACGAGGCGGAGUCAAACAUGAACGAUCUUGUAUCGGAAUAUCAGCAGUAUCAAGACGCGUUAGUAGAGGACUACGAGGAAAUGGAUGAAGAAGAAAUGGAAAAGUAGAAGGAUCUAACGCAGAGGAUCGCACGCUUGCAAAAGUUUUUG